ACCGGCCUCGGCUUUCUUUUCACGUAAGCGACCGCUCUUCACGCCGGCCGAGGCUUCUUCGUCGCCGUGACGAAGAUGAUGCUGACUUUGUAUGUUUUUUUGCCGACGAUCAAUUGAUCGAAAAAAUGAACCAUUGAAGGAUUUCUGUUUGAUUUUGGAGGGGUUCCCGGUCGUGCGGGGGCGGGGCGCUGCUGCUGCGGCGGCGCAACCCUCCGCCGCAUGUGACUUGGUACAGCCCGGGAAACCGACAGCCUCCUCUUCAUCCUCAUCGUCCUUCAGAGAACAACACGCGUGCACACGUAAUGGACCCCCAGUCGCCUCGCCUUCCACUUCUUCCUCUCUCGUGCUGAUUGUUUUGGUGCCCGAGUCGUCGUCGUCGUCUGCGCUCGGGAUCAUCGUGCGGCGGCCUCACACCUUGUCAAGAGAUGGUGUACGCACAGGCCAACACGGUGGCCACGGAGCGCUCGCUUUUCGCGUCGGCCUUCUCGUAUCCGGCGUCUUUCAACUACUCGGAGACGGCGGACAACGGCACGGCGGCGCCACCCGGCGGCGGCCGCGAGGCUCCGCCCGAGGCCGCCUCGUCUCGGGCGGAGGACGGGCUGACGUCGGGCGAGGUGUCGGCGCUGGCGCUGGCGUUCGGGGCGGUGUGGCUGGUGUCCGUCCUGGGCAACGCUCUGGUGUGCCUGGUGAUCCACCGCAGCCGCCGCACCCAGUCCACCACCAACUACUUUGUGGUGGCCAUCGCCUGCGCCGACCUGCUGCUGAGCGUGGGCGGCGCCCCCGUGGUCCUGGCACAGGUGGCGUGGGGGAGCUGGCCCCUGGGCGCGGCAGCGUGCGCGGCGGCCCGCUACGUGCAGCACCUGUGUCCCGGCGUGCAGGUGUACGUCCUGCUGUCCAUCUCGGUGGACCGCUUCUACACCAUCGUGUACCCGCUCAGCUUCAAGGUGUCCCGCGAGAAGGCAAAGAAGAUGAUCCUGGCGUCGUGUUUUCUGGACGCCACUCUGGUGGCGCCGUGCCUCUUCUUCUACGGCGCCGCCCCCGCCGACGGCCGCCACUGCCACUUCUUCCUGCCCGACAGCUGGGGCGCAGUGUCCUACGCCGCCGUGCACCUCGUUCUGGGGUUCGCUCUGCCGGCGGGCCUCAUCGUGUCCUUCUACCAGCGAGUGGUGCGCCACAUCUGGAGGAUCGGCGCCGACGGCCACACGGUGCGGCGCACCGUGAACACGGUGCCCCGCACCAAGGUGAAGACCAUCAAGAUGUUCCUGGUGCUCAACUGGCUCUUCUUCGUAACAUGGACGCCUUUCUACCUGGCGCAACUGUGGCACCCCCGGGAGGAGGGCGGCGGGCGGCGGCGGGGACUCCUUUUCUUCGCCGCCAUCGCCUGGAUCUCCUUCAGCUCCACCGCCUCCAAGCCCACCUUGUACUCGGUCUACAACGCCAACUUCAGACGCGGCAUGAGGGAAACCUUCUGCAUGUCCUCCAUCAAGUGUUACCGUAGCAACGCCUACACCAUCACCGCCAGCUCGCGAUUGGCCAAGAGGAACUACGUGGGCGUGGCCGACGUGCCCGUCAACGCCAAGGACGAAUCCUUGGAGCGGGACGCCAAAGACGAGAAGAAACUGGCCUGGACCGCCAGCGCCCACAACACGUUUGUGUAGCGCGCUAAGCUAAGCGACGCGCGGCAAAAGCACGGUUUCUCAAACUAAGGUCCCUGAACCCCCGGGGUCCGCGAGCCAUAACUCCUGGGUCGGGUUGGAGCGCCAGCGCCCGCAACGCUUUUGCAGGGUGCUCAGCUAACAGUCGUCCACUCGAAAGGGCUUUUUCCUCGGAACUGACAAAAUUCUGAAUGUUACCGAAUUGUUCUGCAUCUGUGCAAGUGUUUUGUACUCUUUGAUGAUUUCUUUAUUGUAGCAACGUGACAAGUGGCAGCCAUCUUUGAGGAAUUUUCUAAAAUAAGAUGAAAGAACUUCCAAGAAAUUCAGGAGAGAAACAAAACUAUUGAGGACUGAAGUACUUGAGCAAUUCUCCUGUCCAAUGUUGCAUUUGCGCUUGGACAAGUGACGCCACGCUCAUUUUGAGGCGUCUGCUCGGACGAGCCUCCCUGGGAAGUACGAGCUUAUUGCGGACAUUUUAAACGGACACUGACCGGCCCAUCGGAGUACGGCUUCCCCGAGUAUCGGACGAAACCAAAGGGUCGAGAGAGAAUCAGAUUUUCAUGUUCUACUCGAAUUUGAAGGUGUUUUUGGGCCGUAUGCGUCGGACUCGUCAGCGUUUGGGCAAAUCUUGCCACGUCGCUCGGUCGAGUGGCUGCGUUGGCAAUCGUUCGCUCGUUUCCGACUCCCGACUUUUGGGGAGGGUUUGUAGGGAACUUUCCGGGGUGUCAAGUUGAAGUAGCCAGUCCGAGCAGACUUUGCGUUUUCGCACUGUUAAAAUCAUUUUGGGCAAGCCUCGUCACGUUGCUAUUUAUUGAUUGAAUUGAAUUUUUUUGUGUUGUUGUUAAUUCUGCCGCUUUGCUCGCGCAAAUCUUCACACUGGCUGUCAUUGCAAAAGCUAACUCGUUACUCGUUCGUCGAACCCGUCGGGAGUUCGAGAGUGACAAAGACGAACGAACGAACGGCCGCUGAAGAAGCAAGGUUAUUUUCCGCAAGGGUCUGGAUCGAGUUUCUGUUGUUUGCUAGCAUGCCGAGGUCGCCAGGUUCCGAAGUCACAAACGUCAACACUUGGAAGCCGCUCCCAAAAUAUUGGAACGGCAAGGUUGAGUUGUUGAACGCAGCAUAAAAUAAAAGCUGGAAUUCUGAACCUUUGUCUCCUAUUCAUCUUUUGAUCUGAA